UGUUUACGGCGGCAGUCCCGCGCCGAGCCGCCGCCAGCGCCGGUCCGCUGCGCGAGCGCACCCUAUAUCCAGUUCACGGCCGCUCUAUUAACGGACGGCUAUUUCGGCGCAUAAUAUACUGAACGGUGCGGAGCAGUGUUCAGUUUCGCGCGGGCAGGUGCGCGGGCCGAGGUCGGGAGAUGCGAGGGAGGCCCGACCCCGUGUGACGCCAUGGAGCGCCGCCGCCGCCCCGCCCGGCUCGACGCGCCCGACCCCAUGACGAAGGUGGCGCGGCGCCGCGAGCGCCCGCGCGAGCGCUGGCUGCUCACGCGCAAGACAUGGAAGUACAUGUCGGACGCCGGGCGCCGGCUCGUGCCCGACGGCGCGCAGAACCGGCCCGAGGACGUGCCGCGCAUCGAGGCCUACUUCCAGGAGGUGUGCGCCAAGGAGCCGCGCUUCCUGCUGUGGCGCAAGAGCUCGUACCCGGGCGCGCUGCCCAAGCCGCGCCGCAAGAAGCGCGCGCGCGGCGGCUCCGUGCGCGCGCGCUCGCCCUCCGACGACGCCGCGCCCGCGCGCCCCACCGACCUCUACAUCCCGCACACCUCCGGCGGCCGCUUCGACAUCGCGAAACUCCGGCGCGACUUCUUCGCCGCGCCGCCCUCCACGUCCGCCGGCUACCACGGCUCCAAGUUCGCGGCGCCGCGGGACGCCAGCGGGCCGGCGCCCGUCGAGGACGAGGAGAGUAAUCUAGUCGAUUUGCUGAGAAAGUACCUGAAAUUAGAGGAGAAUACGGGAGUGACUAAAGUAUCGGACAACGAGGAGUUAGUGCGUGUGUUGAGACGGUACCUGAAGCGGCAGGCGGACCAGGUGCCGCCCGGCGACGCCGACACCGACCCCACGCAGCGCAGCCUGCUCGAGAACCUCGGCCGGUACUACUGCCGCUCGCCGAACAGGGAGCACAUAGUGCAGGACCUGCUGACCGACAGGAACCUGUUGAAAAGACUGUAUCAUGACCUCCGUAAAACGAAGCCGUACCGCGGCAGCCGCGGCGGCGGCGGCGGUGGUUAUGGACCCAGUGGACUCACGAGUGCUUCUCAUUCUAGCAGAAGUUUACUUCGUAGUGGAAGUGUUUACGGCUCGCGAGCGAGCGAUGGCGAGGACUUGCGGUCACCGCCGAUGUCGCCGCCGCCGCUCAUCGAGGUGUUCAGUGAAUCCCUCGAGGACAAGUUCGUUGAUUGUGGGACUCAGACAGUGCCGAUUCCUGAGGAAGUGUUGUUGGAGAUCGAGCGGUCGUACCGGGAUAAGAUGGAGGCGGCGACGGCGCCGACCAGCCCGACGAGCCCGCCGCCGGAGCGCAAGACGACGCGGCGGCGCUCCAGUGUGGACCACGACGACGUGUCGCAGUCGGUCAGCGACACCAUCAAGCGGUACUUGAGGAUGGCUCGCAAGAAGAGCGUGGACGCGGACAAAGCGGACCGCUUCAAGCGGAUAAAUUAUGAUAAGAACUUGCGGAACAUAAAGCCCCGCGCGCCGGGGGAGGUGGACGACGACGGGCCACACAAGGGUUGUCAGACGGAGGAGGGUUGGAUCCUGACGUAUAGGGAGUUGCAAUUCGCGUCGGUGGCGUCGACGCCGACGUCGCCGCCGUCGCCGUCGCAGCCGCACUCGUUCCUGGCGACGCUGCUGGGCCGCAGCGCGCCUACAGUGGCCCCGCCCGCAGGUGGCAUGCAGAAGUCGCGCUCGUCGUCCAGCGUGGUGCAGAGCGUCAGCAAGCGGCUGUGGCGCACGCGCAGCCGCAGCUCCAGCCGCGCCGCCGCCGUCUGGACGCCUCAGGGCAGCUGUUGCUGGGUAGACGGCAGCGGGCGCUGCGUGCGGCUGGCGGACACGUCGCUGCUGACGCUGAGCGAGGUGGAGCGGCGCGCGCUGCAGCAGGCGGCGCUGGCCAGGCUGCAGCAGAUCAACCUUGGGACCACUAUCAAAAUUCCAGAGGAGAACGCGGUAGCAGCGACGACAAAGCCCAAGAGAAGAGCGUACCUGCUGAAGAGGAAGGCGCUCACCACCGGCUUCUUCGACCAGAGCCGCACCAAGGACGCCGACAAGGAUAAGGAGUCGACCGGUGGCAGCGUGUUCGGCGUGCCGCUCGCGCAGUGCGUGGAAACGGAGCGGGCGCUGCGGCGGCAACAGCACGGCGGCUCCCGCGCCUCGCUGGCAUCGCUGGGCGCGCUCGAGAAGGGCGACGAUAGCGAGUCCUGCGACUCCGGCGACUGGGGGUGGUCAGGGCUGGAGGAGGCGGGGGGCGGCGGGCCGAAGGUGCCCGCGCUGAUCUCCGCCUGCCUGGCGCACCUGAGGAGGGUGGGGCUCCACACGCAAGGACUCUUCAGGGUCUCGGCCUCCAAGAAGAGAGUUAGACAGCUACGGGAAGAUUGGGAGCGGGGCCAGGAGGCGGCGCUGGACACGGCGGUGUGCCCGCACGACGUGGCCACGCUUCUCAAGGAGUUCCUGCGGGAUCUGCCCGACCCGCUUCUCUGCAGGGACUUGUACUCUGCCUUCCUUAAUACACAGAAAAUCCGCAACCGCAGACUCCAGUGGGAAGCGCUGCGACUAAUCGUGCAGCUGCUGCCAGCGGCGCACCGCGACACGCUGCACGCGCUGCUGUCGUUCCUAGCGCAGCUCGCGGCGCACGCGGACGACGCGGCGCAGCCCGGCAACAAGAUGGACGCCGCUAACCUCGCCACCGUGUUCGCGCCCAAUAUCCUGCAUAAAAACAAGCCCAACGAGCCCGCCAAUGCAGAGCAGCUGUCAGAGCGCGCAGACGUGAUCAACGUAGUGCGACAACUGGUGGAGCGGCAGACGGAGCUGUGGACGUUACCAGGAGAGCUUCUACAUGAAGCGUAUAUCCACAUGUCGCAUACCGCGCCGGCGCAUCUGGACUCGCUGUUAUUGCGGAGAGCAGAAUGUGCGCCCGAGCCCGCUUCAGUAUCGCUAAGCGGCGGCGGCCCGGCCGGCGGCGGGCGGCGCGUGUGGCCUCGCGAGAUGUUCACGCACGGCGCCGCUGCCACCGGCGGCCCGGGCAACGUGGAAUCGUCCAG